AUGUCCCUUCGCAAUAUCAGAUUACAAGAAGAGAGAAAACAAUGGAGAAAAGACCAUCCGUUUGGCUUUUUCGCUAGACCAAUAAAAGGCGCAGAUGGCUCUUUAGAUUUGACUCAGUGGAGAGCUGGAAUUCCAGGAAGAGCAGGCACGAUAUGGGAAGGCGGUGUUUACCCACUAAAAUUAACCUUUCCUCCAGAGUAUCCAUCAAAACCACCCAUAGUCAAGUUCCCGGCAAAUUUUUACCAUCCAAAUGUGUAUCCUAGUGGUACUGUUUGUUUAAGUAUAUUGAAUGAAUCUCAAGAUUGGAAACCAGCAAUCACUUUGAAGCAAAUAGUGUUGGGUGUACAAGAAUUAUUAGACACGCCAAAUCCAGACUCGCCUGCUCAAGAGCCUGCUUGGAAAGCUUUCAGCAAGGACCCGAAGUUAUACGAAAAGAAAGUAUUGGACCAAGCUAAACGUUUUCCGCCUUCGGUAUAA